UAUCUUGCAAACCUAUUGCAUGCUUCUGACAACCAUGCUGUUAAUAGACCAUGCCCUGUCAGUCGCAUAAUUGAUUCUUGUAAGGAAGGUUUUUGCGAACUUGCUUGGUACCAUCGGUAUGCACUUUGGCGUAAUAGAGUUUCGAAAGGUCAUAGGAUACAUGUAAUGGUGGAGCGGGAUGAUAUACCAAAAACUUAUUCUGUUCUCAACUUACUUUUCUGGCACAACCACGCUCGAUCAUCACUUAUCAUAUCUUCUCUCAUUCUACGUGACCCGUACACAUGGAAACGACUUGUAUGUUUUGUCAAUGAAUUAAUUCCAUUCUGGAUUUACUGUUUCCUUCGCUUUGAUUUAGUUCUACCUUUUAUUGGACCACUUGCAGAAUUAAUUGCCCAUUGGUUACGUCACCAAGGUCAAGUUAAAGAAUUUGGUCAAGAUAACACAAACAUUCUGGAUAAUGAAUGA